AAGGAGGAAGGGACGAAGAACCAAGAAGAAUAGUCUCUGAUGAGAUUAGGGCUACUCUGAUUGAUCACGUGAUCAAUCAUGGGUUGACCAUGAGAGAGGCUGGACUCAGAGUCCAGCCCAACUUGAGUCGAUUUACAGUGGCGGCCAUAAUUCGAACUUUUCGAAAUGAGAACAGAGUGGAAAGACAACAGCAUCAUGGAGGACGAGGUCGUAUAUUUUCACAAGAGCAGGAGACUGCAAUUGUGAAUAUGUUUUUGGCAAAUAAUGCCAUUAGAAUCCGUGAGAUUCAAAAUCAUAUUUUGGAAGACAUCACCAUAUUCAACAAUAUUGAUGCUGUUAGUCUAUCUACGACACAUCAGGUCCUCCAGAGGAAUCAGUUAUGGAUGAAGCAGCUGUACAGGGUCCCAUUUGAAAGGAACUGUGGCAGAGUCAAGAACCUGCGGCGUGACUAUGUGGAGAGAAUUUUGGAGAUGGAUGCCCACCCCAUCCUCCAUGAAUACAUUUAUGUGGAUGAGGUGGGAUUCAACCUCACAAAGUCAAGACGGAGGGGGAGAAACAUUAUUGGACAGAGGGCAAUUGUCAAUGUCCCAGGCCAACGUGGAGGAAAUGUCACCAUGUGUGCCGCCUUAACACAGAAUGGUGUCCUGCACCACCAUGCAACACUUGGCCCCUAUAACACUGGCCAUAUCCUAACAUUUCUGGACAAUAUUCAUGAUAUUCUUGCUCCAAAGGAAGAGAAUCCAGAACAGGCAAGAUUUGUGGUUAUAUGGGAUAAUGUCAGUUUUCAUCGCUCCCAGCUGGUCCAAAAUUGGUUUGUCAACCAUCCCCAUUUUUCUGUUGUCAACCUGCCUCCAUAUUCACCAUUUCUUAACCCGAUCGAAGAAUUCUUCUCAACAUGGCGUUGGAAAGUGUAUGAUCAUCGUCCCUAUGCCCGCCUUACACUUCUCCAGGCAAUGGAGGAAGCAUGUGGUGACACUGAUGCUGCUUCUAUCCAAGGUUGGAUACGCCACACAAGACAAUUCUUUCCUUGAUGUUUGGCAAGAGAAAAUAUAGCAUGCGAUGUUGAUGAAAUAUUGUGGCCAGACCCAGCCCGGAGGAGAGCUUGAUCCUAAAUACACACCCAACUUGCUCUCCCCAUCAACACACACACACACACACACACACACACACACACACACACACACACACACACACACACACACUUUUUCAUACAUGUCUAUUUUUUGGUUGCUGUAUCACCAUAUGUGGUGGUUGGUGUACUUUGCUUUCUUUUUUCUUAUAUGCUGUACAAUACUGCGUUCACAACAGCAACCGAUUUAUUCAGAAAAUUUAAUAUUUUUGGUUCCAAU